CUUAGUGGAAAAAAACUUGUUAACCAUCUUCCAAAACUAUCAAAAAUGUGUUCAAUGUUUUCCCAUACCAUCCCACAUCUUCAACAAAAGUGCCCGGUGGCCGCUCAAAGAAAGUGAAUCAAACCUGUCCUAAGCACGUUAUUCUUUUACGAUCCGAAAACAACAACUUUUCGCGAUGGUUCGUGUCCGAGAUGUGCUUUCUUAUUUUUGCUAUAACCGAAGAAGACUGGUUCUGUUCUAAACCCUAAACCCUAUUCAAAUUGAAUAGAGCUUCAACAAGUAGCAACAACACAGACAUAGACAAUAACAUAGUCUAUUCACUACCAUUACUGUUCCUAUGACCAAACUCACCACUUCUCAUUUCCUCAAAUCACUUCCCACUCUCUCCUUCCUCAGACUCACCUCUUCUCUCUCCCAACCAUCCAACCAUCAUCCCAAACCCGACAACCCUGUCGCAAAACCCACCCUCGCAACCGAACUCGCCUCAUUAAUCCAACACCACUCUCCUCCCGCCAAAACCACCAACCCUAAACCCGAAACCCGCAUGCAACUCAAACGCUUCCUGGAGCUCCGAAUCAAAAAACGGGUCAAAUCACACCUCUCCCACGAAGACGGCAAGUUCCACAACUUAAUCCAAAACGUCGUUUCAAAUCCCCAAACCCUCAACGACGCUUACAACAUCAUCAAAAUCAACUCCAACAUCAUCCCUAACCACCCCGUAACCGUUUCCGCAAAACCCGCCGCAGAUAACGGAAACAGUUAUUUCCUCGAUGACGUGGCACAUCACCUUAACGAAGGCAGCUUCGAAGCGAGUGCGAAUACUAUCCACCCCGUAACCGUUUCCGCAAAAUCCGGCGUAGAUAACAACGGAAACGGUUAUUUCAUCGAUGACGUGGCACAACAGCUUUACGAAGGUAGCUUUGACGCGAGUGCGAAUACGUAUAGAAUCUCCACAAGGAAGAAGAAGAAAUCAGAAUCGAAAGAAGAUGAGGAUUUGUUGACGUUGAUUCUUCCGAAUUUGAAGCUGAGAGUUGUUCAGGAAGCGUUGAGGAUUGUUUUGGAAGUGAUCUUCAAGCCGAAUUUCUCGAGGAUAUCGCACGGUUGUCGGAGCGGUAAGGGACGUGCGGCGGCGUUGAAGUAUAUAUGUAAAGGUGUAGUGAGGCCUGAUUGGUGGUUCACUUUGCUUGUGAGUAAGAAAUUUGAUGGUUUAUUGAUGGAGAAGUUGGUUUGCGUGAUGGAGGAUAAGAUAGAGGAUUGUUGUUUGUUUGAUUUGAUUCGGAGUAUGUUUGAUGCUAGGGUUUUGAAUUUUGAGUUUGGUGGGUUUCCUAAGGGAGAUGGUUUGCCGCAAGAAGGGGUUUUGUCGCCGAUUUUGAUGAAUAUUUAUCUUGAUAUGUUUGAUAGUGAGUUUCAUAGGUUGGCGAUGAAAUACGAAGGUGUACGCGGUGGAGAGGUUGUUGAUGGAGAUAAGCCGUCGUCUGCGUUGCGUGGUUGGUUCAGGAGUCAGUUGAAUGGAAAUGGUAGUGAUAAUGGUAAUGUUGGUGUUGUUGAGAGUUCCGGUGUUAAAGUUUACUGCGUUAGGUUUAUGGAUGAGAUUUUUUUCGCGGUUUCUGGUUCUAGGGAUUGUGCGGUAAGUUUUAAGUCUGAGAUUGAGAGUUAUUUGAAAGAAUCUUUGAUGUUGGAUGUUGGGGAUGGAACUGAUGUGCUGCCUUGUAUAGGUUCUAGGGGUGUUCGGUUUUUGGGGACAUUGGUAAAGAGGAAUGUUGAAGAGAGUAAUGCUGUGAAAGCUGUUCACAAGAUGAAAGAUAAAGUUGAGUUGUUUGCUUUGCAGAAGCUCGAGAGUUGGAAUUACGGGACGGCGAGAAUAGGGAAGAAAUGGUUGGGUCAUGGUUUGAAGAAAGUAAAGGAAUCAGAGAUCAAACAUUUAGCUGAUAGUACGUCUCUCCUUAGUAAGGUUUCCCGUUUCCGAAAGCCCGGGAUGGAAACCGAUCAUUGGUAUAAGCACUUGUUGAAGAUAUGGAUGCAGGAUGUUCAAGUGAAAAAUGCCAAAAGUGAAGAAAAUGUCUUGUCUAAGUUCGUUGGAGAGCCGGCUCUUCCGCAAGAGCUAACUGAUUCCUUUUACGAGUUUAUGAAACAGACAGAGAAAUAUAUAUCUGCUGAGGCAGAUUCUAUUCUCAAGCUUUUGCCGAAUAAUAACAGUUCAGAAGAAAAGGUGAUUGCUAAAACCGAGAUCAUUGCUCCUGUCUAUGCCAUAAAAAAGCGUCUCGAGAGAUAUGGAUUGACUACACCAGAUGGAUUCCCGCGGUCUGCUAAUUUGCUAGUCAUGCUCGAUACAAGUGAAAUUAUUGACUGGUUUUCUGGGAUUGCUUGCCGCUGGCUGAAAUGGUACGAGAAUUGCGCUAACUUUAAUGAAGUAAAGCUUUUGAUAUCGGAUCAAGUUAGGAAAUCAUGCAUUCGUACUUUAGCAACAAAGUAUCGGAUACAUGAAACCGAGAUAGAAAAGAAGUUUGAUGAAGAACUUAGCAAGCUUCCACAAACACUAGACACGGAGAAGGAGACGAUGAAUGAAGAACUGGGUGUUCAAGUUUUUGACAACGACGAGGCGUUACUGUAUGGACUAGCGUAUAGCGGUUUGUGUUUGUUGUCUCUGGCAAGAAUUGUGACCGAAGCAAGACCGUGUAAUUGUUUUGUAAUAGGGUGUUCAGCUCCCGCACCAAGAGUCUAUACUCUUCAUGUAAUGGAAAGACAAAAGUCUCCAAGCUGGAAAACUGGGUUUUCGACUUGCAUUCAUCCAAGCUUAAAUAAACGGCGACUAGGGUUGUGUAAGCAACAUUUGAAGGAUUUGUAUAUUGGUCAUAUAUCACUUCAAUCCAUUGACUUUGGUGCAUGGAAGUGAGUAUCUUCAGUUUUAUAAUCAGAAACUUUAUCGGAAUGUUUGGUUUGAACUUUGGUCAUCGAGUAUUACUUCAUUUAGUGCAUGUUGGAUUUGCAGUGUUUGGCAGAAUCCUAGUGAACCACUGAUUUUGCAAAAACUACAAUUUAGAGUUUCAAUGAAAUCAUGGUUCCGCGGUAAAAUCCAAACAUGCGACGACGAUUCUGUUGGAAGUGAGUUGCAUUGUUGAGUGUAAGUCUCAGUCCCCAAGUCAAGCGAAACAACUACAAAUUGCUCAACUGUAAAUAGCCAACCAGUUAAGAGUGCCUUUGAAAAUCUAAAAAUCACACUAUCAUACCAAGAGUGCCCUACUCCGACAUAGUACAAAUGAAGAGGGACUAUUGGGAAAUUUUCAACAUUUCUCCAAACAUUUUGAACUAUUCAAUUUCUUUGUUAUUGUAGUAGGUGUUAUGGUCAGAUUAUAUGAUCAAUGCUCUUAGCUUGGCCUCAUGCAAUGCCACAUUGGCACCAAGUUGAAUGAAGAACUGCAUGAUAUGGUUAAAGAAGAAGGUUUAAUA